AACAAUGAUAAAAACGUUUAAAAUCCAAAGACAAAAACCGGAGUCGGUCUCAAAAUCCGCGCCGUUCAGUGCUCCACUCGGUAGUCGACUCGGCUGCAGGCCCUGGCCUGGCCGGAGCAACGCGGGGGACACCCCCGAUUCCGCUGGGGAGCGCAGCCCACAGCUCCCCCUCGCCAGGCGCCCAAGGACCCUCAAGGCGCGGGGCCCACACUUGAAGCCUGGGAACGCGCAGACAGGAAACCCUCUUCCUCCUAAGCAGUUUCUUGCUCGUCGGAUGAGAGGCGCCCAAUUGAAGCAGAAUGAGCCUCAUCUACUAAUAUCCAGCGUGGCCACAAAGCGACUGGCCAUUUACGCCACCACUUUAAACAAAGAUAUUUGGUUAUUCCCGGGAAGCAAGAGCACUUUUGCAUGGCUGAGCUGCGGGCGGAGGCGAGCCUCGGCCCAGCCUCCCGCCCGCUGAGCUGCCCGCACCUCGGCAUUCGCCCCCUCCUGGCCGGCGCUCCAGCCGCCGGGGUUCAGGCUCAGUUCCGCCCGGCAACAGACAGACGGGCACUCACGCCGCUCCCUGCUCGCGCGCUCCCUGAAGCAUCAGAGGGGAAAACAGCGUGGCUCUGGGCUUGGGUGCUGGGGCUGUGAUGUCCUCGGAAAGUCAGCUCCAGCCCCAGAUCCCCGCGUGUCUGGGAGAUGGGCGAGGGUCAGGGACACCAGCCGCCGCCGAAUCAUGUCGAUGAGUCCAAAGCACACGACUCCGUUCUCAGUGUCUGACAUCUUGAGUCCCCUGGAGGAAAGCUACAAGAAAGUGGGCAUGGAGGGCGGCGGCCUCGGGGCUCCGCUGGCGGCGUACAGGCAGGGCCAGGCGGCACCGCCAGCAGCGGCCAUGCAGCAGCACGCCGUGGGGCACCACGGCGCCGUCACCGCCGCCUACCACAUGACGGCGGCGGGGGUGCCCCAGCUCUCGCACUCCGCCGUGGGGGGCUACUGCAACGGCAACCUGGGCAACAUGAGCGAGCUGCCGCCGUACCAGGACACCAUGAGGAACAGCGCCUCUGGCCCCGGAUGGUACGGCGCCAACCCAGACCCGCGCUUCCCGGCCAUCUCCCGCUUCAUGGGCCCGGCGAGCGGCAUGAACAUGAGCGGCAUGGGCGGCCUGGGCUCGCUGGGGGACGUGAGCAAGAACAUGGCCCCGCUGCCAAGCGCGCCGCGCAGGAAGCGCCGGGUGCUCUUCUCGCAGGCGCAGGUGUACGAGCUGGAGCGACGCUUCAAGCAACAGAAGUACCUGUCGGCGCCGGAGCGCGAGCACCUGGCCAGCAUGAUCCACCUGACGCCCACGCAGGUCAAGAUCUGGUUCCAGAACCACCGCUACAAAAUGAAGCGCCAGGCCAAGGACAAGGCGGCGCAGCAGCAACUGCAGCAGGACAGCGGCGGCGGCGGGGGCGGCGGGGGCGCUGGGUGCCCGCAGCAGCAACAGGCUCAGCAGCAGUCGCCGCGACGUGUGGCGGUGCCGGUCCUGGUGAAAGACGGCAAACCGUGCCAGGCGGGUGCCCCCGCGCCGGGCGCCGCCAGCCUACAAGGCCACGCGCAGCAGCAGGCGCAGCAGCAGGCGCAGGCCGCGCAGGCGGCGGCAGCGGCCAUCUCCGUGGGCAGCGGUGGCGCCGGCCUUGGCGCACACCCGGGCCACCAGCCAGGCAGCGCAGGCCAGUCUCCGGACCUGGCGCACCACGCCGCCAGCCCCGCGGCGCUGCAGGGCCAGGUAUCCAGCCUGUCCCACCUGAACUCCUCGGGCUCGGACUACGGCACCAUGUCCUGCUCCACCUUGCUAUACGGUCGGACCUGGUGAGAGGACGCCGGGCCGGCCCUAGCCCAGCGCUCUGCCUCACCGCUUCCCUCCUGCCCGCCACACAGACCACCAUCCACCGCUGCUCCACGCGCUUCGACUUUUCUUAACAACCUGGCCGCGUUUAGACCAAGGAACAAAAAAACCACAAAGGCCAAACUGCUGGACGUCUUUCUUUUUUUUCCCCCCCUAAAAUUUGUGGGUUUUUUUUUAAAAAAAAGAAAAUGAAAACAACCAAGCGCAUCCAAUCUCAAGGAAUCUUUAAGCAGAGAAGAGCAUAAAACAGCUUUGGGGGUGUCUUUUUUUGGUGAUUCAAAUGGGUUUCCCACGCUAGGGCGGGGCACAGAUUGGAGAGGGCUCUGUGCUGACACGGCUCUGGACUCUAAAGACCAAACUUCACUCUGGGCACACUCUGCCAGCAAAGUGGACUCGCUUGUAAAUACCAGGAAUUUUUUUUUUUUUGAAGGGAGGACGGGAGCUGGGGAGAGGAAAGAGUCUUCAACAUAACCCACUUGUCACUGACACAAAGGAAGUGCCCCCUCCCCGGCACCCUCUGGCCGCCUAGGCUCAGCGGCGACCGCCCUCCGCGAAAAUAGUUUGUUUAAUGUGAACUUGUAGUUGUAAAACGCUGUCAAAAGUUGGACUAAAUGCCUAGUUUUUAGUAAUCUGUACAUUUUGUUGUAAAAAGAAAAACCACUCCCAGUCCCCAGCCCUUCACAUUUUUUAUGGGCAUUGACAAAUCUGUGUAUAUUAUUUGGCAGUUUGGUAUUUGCGGCGUCAGUCUUUUUCUGUUGUAACUUAUGUAGAUAUUUGGCUUAAAUAUAGUUCCUAAGAAGCUUCUAAUAAAUUAUACAAAUUAAAAAGAUUCUUUUUCUGAUUAAAA